AAUGCUACUGACAAAAAACAAAUCAUCACAUCUGUAUUAAAGUUUUUGUUGCAAGUUGGCCUCUUCCUCCCAAUCUCGCAGGCCAAAAUAUAUCAAGAGCAACAAACAUGAGCGCUGCUGCUUAAAGAGAGGCUCUCCUUCAAUUUUUCUCUAACUUCAUCCAUCCAGCAGCUUCUUUUUCAUACGGCAAAGGCUAUGGUUUAAAAGAAGAAUAAGUUUUUUUUCAUUGACAGAUUGGAUUCCCAAUCUCAUCUAUGGCUCAUAAAUAUGGGGAAAAAUCAAAAGAUGGGUGAUUGGAUCAGUAGUUUGCCUGAUGGAAUCUUAUUCCACAUAAUUUCUUCACUUCCUUUUGAAUCUGCCGUUCAAACAAUUUUCCUUUCAAAGAGAUGGAAACUUCUAUGGGAGACAGCUCUAGUGCAGCAUGGAACUGAGAAAGAUGUUGCUGAAGCUAUCUGUGAUUUUCUUGCCAAUUUUAAUGAGCAAGAUCCAUCCAAGAACACCAGAAAGUUUCAGUUUCAUUUCAUCAAUGGCUGUGUCCUCUUAGCUAUUAUUGCUCCUAAUAGCAAGCUUCAUCUUGAUUUCUCUUCUGGGAAUCAUGAAUUUGACAGGCAGUUUAAGUUGAAGUUAGAAUUCAAUAAUCCUCAGAAUCUUUCCCUUUCUCAACCAUCUCCUUCUCUUGCUUGCUUCUCUGUCAAAAGUCUUCAUCUGAUAUCUGUUAAUCAUCUCACAAAUGAUGCAGUUUCUUCCAUCUUGCAAAAUUUUUUCUCCCUUGAAACUUUGAAAAUUACAGGCUGCAAGUGCUUGCAGUCUUUAAGUAUAGGUUCUGAUACAAAGCUUUUGAAUCUGAUAAUCUUUGAGUGUUUGCAGUUAGAGUUUCUGCAUAUCAGAUCUUUUAAGCUUCGAACGUUCCGAUUUCGAGGACUAUUACCUUCAUUUUGGCUUGAAUAUCACCAUAAUUUGGUUGAUGCAUAUCUUGAUUUCAGACAAGGUCCCAAGUAUAAUAGCUUCAGCAGCUGCAACUUUGACUUAGUCCUGCUAACUAUAAAGAAUGUGAAAGCUCUGACUCUAUGCAAAUGGACAUUUCAGGCAUUGAUUUGUCAAUCACUAACCACAUUUCUUUCGGAAUUCCAAUUCUAUAAUCUAAAAGAACUUUGGUGGAUUGAUAAUUCAGAUCAAGACUAUGACGGUGAUGCCUUAAUCUCCUUCCUGAAGCUCUGUCCCUCAUUAGAGAAACUCUUUGUCACUAUUGAUCCCAAAGGCUACUUUGUGGAGAAAGCUGCAAAAUGUUCAAUGAAAGCUGGUAAGAACACAAAGCUGCAACAUCUAAAACUGGUGAAACUGGAUGGUUUCACAAAUGAAGCAGAUGAGAUCCUCUUGGCUGAACGUUUAGGAGAAAUUGUCACUAGUGAGCCACUAAUCUUAACAUCAGCAAAUGGGAUUUGCUUUAAGAAGCUUAUUCAGCAGAAGGGCUCACAUGAAAGGAAGUGUGGUUAUAAAUCAGUGGAAGUAAAAGAUAAGAAUCAGUUAUGUCCAAAGCAUGUUCAUAUGAGUUUGUAGAUGCAAAACCUGCACCAGCAUUUUGUAUUGAUAAAGACCAGAAUGGGCAGUUAAGGAUAUACAUGUAAGGGUAAUCUUACCCUUUGUCCGAAUUAUUAGCAUCAAACUUCAACAUCAAUUACGGUUGGUGUUGGAAAUUGGAAUAGGUCACCUAAGUAGGUUAAUCCAAUUCCAUAUAAUACAUGUUCUUUGAAUUACACAAGCUUUGAGUAUACAUGGAGGAUUACAUCAA